UCCGCCCCUGUCACCCGCCACCUGACCGGUGAGCUCGCCGAAGCUCAACUCCGCCGCCUCGUCGGGCGAGGAGGAGAAGCUCCGGCGCCAUGUGAUGCGGCUCCACGCGCGCGGGCCCUGGAGCUCUGCCGUGGGUUCUUUUCCGGGUCGGGUAGCGGGUCGGAUAGUGAGGAGGAGGAAGAGAAAGAGGAGGAGGAGGAUGAGAAUGAGGAGUACAAGCUUUUUAUGAAGCUGUUUGUGGAGGAGAGAGAGCUGAUGGGUUUCUACGAGGGGAAUUGGGAUGGUGGUGAGUUUUAUUGCUUGGUGUGUGGCGCAUUGGGGAAGAGGAAGUGCUGGGCUUGUGCAGCACGCGGUUACGGUGAGCAAGACCAAGAAGAAGAGAGCUCACAGGGCUUUUGGGCAGGUUGUGUGUAGGGUGUUGGGGUGGGAUGUCAAGAAAAUGCCUUUUAUUGUGCUCAAAGGGGAGACUCCCCGUUUUUAUUUGGCAAACCCCGGCGCUGGACAGGGCGAGCCUAAGGUAAAUGCUGGUGUUAAAGACAUUGUGGUUGAUGAAGGGGAUGUUGAUGCCGUGUCAGCUGAAAAGAAAGCACCUGAUGAAGAUGUAAUAAUUUUUCAGAACUCUCUGGGAGAUGAUAAUGCAAAUCAAUGCAAAGAAACCCUUCAUAAGAGGAUAUCAGAAAACAAGGAAGACAGAGAAGAAGCAAUGGAUAUGCUGUGUGAGCCUGAGGUACCUGCUAACAAGUUGGAUAAUGUACUCGAAGACAAUGCGGCAGCUGUAAAUGAUGCUACCACUAAAUCUAGUGAAAAGGAGGCAAUCAGAGAUCAUCAGUGCAAUGAUAGAAAACUAAUGAUCUGUCAGGUUAGUCGUCUCUAUCACUGUAGGGAAUAUUAGAGGUCAAACUAAACAAAGAAGAUGCCCUGGAUACAGGGGUUGAAGUUGCGGAAAAUGCUGAUGUCAAACAUGAUUUAGUAGUUCCCAAAGAAAACUUGGAUUUUGUCAGUGGAUAUACUGGUGAAAUAGGCUCAAAGGAGGAGCCCUUGGGUGAUGGAACACCAAUUGCUUGUGAGUUGCAGGUAUGCUAUAAGUUAUAACACAGUUUCUCACCCCUCGACGAAGUUAGGUGAAGUCAUAAAUGAUUAUUUCAUGUGUAAUGGUAUAUACAUCAUAAAUUUAUAGUUACAUCCGAGUGUUACAAGAUGAUUAUAAUCACUCAUUGAAGACUGAACCUGAGAAAAUUAUGGAUAGUCCCAAUGACGAUCUGAAUUACUUUUUGGAGAACUUAUAACCCCUGCAACAGCAAUCUUGUUGACACAUACUUCAACGUUCAAAUGUCAUCAGUAUUCUGUCCAUUUCUGGUGAGUUCCAGUUCACCUAAUACUCUAUUCUUAUGCGAGUUUCAGCUUCCUAUUCCAUGUUUGUAACAUGCAUUUUGCUUCGAUGUUUAUCAGAAGGCUAUGAUACAGCUUCAAUGGAACCACGCAGGGCAAGCGUGAGAUAGCUGCAUGCGCAGCGAUUUGUGUUGUGCUAGCAUUGGCACUCGUCUGACUCCCAUCAGAAUGAUGACUUUGUGACCAACAUAAAUUGCUUAUGUGAUUAUACAUGACUAAGGUCAUAAUGAAAAGGUUUCCAUUGGUGUAAAGGCAUACUUUCCUUUUUAUUAUUUUAGUCAACUAAAACCCUGAUACAAUUUUGAAAGAAAAAAAAAUGAAAUAGUGCAAUAGGGUGAAGGGGCACAGAAAAUUUCAUUUGUCUAUCUUACCACUGAAUAUUAUUAGUUUAUCUGGUUCACCUUGGUACAUGUCCACAUUGUUUAUAACCAUUCUGGUGACCGCUGCAUUAGCUUGAUGCAUGUCCCAAGUUUAGUUUUCUAUAAGAUUCAAGGCUUGUGUUGUA